CUUGUAGUUUGGAAUCUAACCCUUCUUAACUCAGGUAGUUUGCUACAGAGCUCAACGCUUGUUAACAUGGGAACUGAAACUAACAAAGAUGAGCGUAACACGCCAGAAUAUUUAGCACAGUUACUAAAAGACAAGAAACAAAUUCAGGCAUUUCCGAAUGUUUUUGUACACUUGGAAAAACUUUUAGAUGAAGAAAUCAACAGAGUACGAUUACAGUUAUUUCACCACAAAGGAAGCAAUCGAGAUCCCCUCCCACUACCUGAAGUACAGGGACCCACUGUUACACUCUCAGAAAAAUUAUAUGUCCCCGUCAAAGAACACCCAGAUUUCAACUUUGUGGGGAGAAUAUUGGGACCAAGGGGGAUGACAGCUAAAGAACUGGAACAGUUCACAGGUUGCAAAAUAAUGGUCCGAGGAAAGGGAUCAAUGCGGGACAAAAAGAAGGAAGAACAAAACAGAGGCAAAGCCAACUGGGAACACUUAAAUGAAGAAUUACAUGUACUUAUCACAGUGGAAGAUGCCAGACAGAGGGCAGAGGUCAAGAUGGCCAAAGCUAUUGAAGAAGUAAAGAAACUGCUGGUGCCUGCACCGGAUGGCGAGGAUGACUUAAAGAAACGCCAACUUAUGGAGUUAGCUAUCAUAAAUGGCACAUACCGUGACACUUCUAAACCCUCACCUUCAUCGAACUCCCAAACAUCAACGACUCCUGGUAUGAAAAGACCCUGGGAUCUUGCAAAUAUUCAAGGUGUAGGAGUUUCAACGUCAGUUGGACAAGGAGAAGCACCAAGACUAAUCACAACAGCACAACAGUUAUCACACAUUCCCAAUCUACGCACGCAAACGCCACAAGGUGCCCCCAUCAUCCUGACGCCUAGGAUCCCGACGAGUCAGGCUGGUAUAGUGAAUGGUCCCCCACCACUGGUGUCACCAACAGAGGCCGCCACUGGUCUGGUGUAUAACCCCUACGAGUACAGUCCCUACUCUGCGGCCGCCUUUCACCAAGCAGCAGCCCUCAUUGAAUAUCCCUCCUCAUUUGACCAAGCCAACAUUGGUGCAGUGCCUAAAAUCAGGAGAACACUCGAGGGAAUGAGAGCACACCCUUACGCAAGGGUUUCUCUUCCAUAAAUUUGGAAGCUGCCUACCAACUAACUCAUACCUGGUCACAGUUAAAGUCGAACCCCUUGCCUGUCCGUACGUAUCCAUGCUGUGCUGCUGCUACUACUACUUCUGCAUCGUAUCGGUCAGUCGGUCAGUCAGUCCAAACCUAACACAUGUACUACUGGAGGGGUUUGUUGGGUAGCCGACACUGCACCACUAUAGACGGACCGACAACCGUAUUUGUUGCAUCACGAACCAUCCACCUUAACGCUCCAUUGGUAACCGCGUGGCAGUGGGACAUAGGAGUACUACUACUACUUACUUCCAGACGUACUGAUUCAGUACCCUGCCUUCUGCAAACAACAUCCACUAACAUUGCCUUCUACCAGCCUAGUGACUCGGAGGCUGAGCCGAUUAACAAUCUUUUAUCAGUGCAGAUGGAUUAUAUACGAGUGUGAUUAUAGUGUUUUAUUUACACGUUUGUAUGAAAGAGCCCACCGUCCUUGUGUAUACAAAAUUUUGACUUUGAAUUGUCAAAAUGUCUUAAGUGCCUGAAGAUUACUCGUUGACUAAUUCCUUUGUACUAAUUUUGACUGUUGUGUCAUUAUCCCACCAUAACAAAUACAUAGCAUUGUGUGCAGACAGAGAUAUUGCAACAAAAAUUUACCAAUCACUAUUUUUUCUUUAAGACGUGUCUAUAUAUAGUAUAUAUUCAUAUAUAUCUUAUACAUUUACAUGUAAAUUAAC